CCCUCAUCUUUUCCUUUAUUUGCUUGUUCUACCUAAGUACACUAAGACAUUUAUUCUAAUGUCACUUCGAAUCAUUUUCUAAAUCUACUCUCCAUCGGCCGCUGCUGCAAUCAUGAAGUCAUUCAAUCGACAUAACUUACCCGCUGUCAUCACCAUCACUCCGCUAACGUGAUGAACAAGUUGUGACGCACUACCUAACUGUAAAGCCUCCCAACUUUGGAUGUCCAUUUCUGCUGACAGCUCCUGGACAACCAGUCAACUUCGAACCGGCUAUGAUUCGGCACAUCAACCCGUCGGCUACAAGACGUCAUUUCACUUCUCUUCACAACAUCCCUUCAACUCUUCUACACAAAAUCAACGUGCCGACUUGCCCUCACUAUAUCAACAUUAUUUCGAUACAUUGUCGGCUCAAUUCACCUUCGCGUCGGCGUCAUGUCAAUCACUUCGCUCUACUUCAGCUUCGAGCAAGCAGAUUUCAUGUCAUUCGUUGUUUAGUUUCUUUCUUUCUUUCGUUGUGGGUUUGAUCAACAGCUUCCGUCUGUCACCAGUCCUAGCCAUCUCUAGCCCUUGGAUGGGGGAUGCAGCCAUUCGUAACCCGGAGGCGCCUAGGGUCGCUGAAGUGAUAGUACCGUUGCCUACGAUCUUGGUUCGAGUACCUUUGCUUGCUGCAGGCUUGGGAGGUGUCGAGGGAGUUGGUGCGUAUCUGCUGAGAAGUCGUCCGGGAUGGAGCAGACAAUGAGUAUCACCAAGGGUUUGGUCGGAAAUUCCGCCCGCUGCAAGGCCUUAUGUCUACGGGCUGGGAGCACCCUUG